CGGUCUUUGAAUCAUCCAUCCGAUCAUCCGGAUUCGAAACGAUUAUAAUUUUUGUAAAAUAUCCUUUCUGGAAGUCUAUUCAUUCCUCAGAUAGAUUGCGAAUGCUACGGAUUGUUGUGAUAAAUGUAAGAAUUUUUGUUAGUUUCAGCGAAAGUGUGCUUUAAUGUUCGCGAAGUGCGCGAUUGAUUCACGCGCACUGUGCACUACAACCAUCCAUUCCGGCGUAUUGGCGAGAAAGUGAGAGGCCAUAUUUAGCGUACACAUUACAGGCACACACGCACUGCAAGUACAUCUAGUUCUACCAUCAAGUCCGGUGCUCUAAUCGUAUGUGCAAUUACAUUUAGGAAGCUGCAGUUAAGAUUGGAAGGGGAUCGAUCAAAAAUUUAGUACUAUGCCAUUACCAAAUGUACAACUAUGGCAAGUUCAACACAUCGUACUAGAGCUAUUGGAGUGCCGAGGCCCUUAAGAAUUGUGCCUUCGCCUGAGGAUGGAGAGGAAGCCGGAUUAGAGGAGAAUCUGCUGGAGGGAGACCAUGAGAUCGAACUACAAGAUGUUUGUCGGGAUGGGCACGGGAAGGCCGAUCCGUCCCAGUUCGAGCUGCUCAAGGUGUUGGGCGAAGGAUCGUUCGGAAAGGUGUUUCUGGUGCGGAAAGUGGCCGGAGCUGAUGCGGGAACCUUGUACGCCAUGAAAGUAUUAAAGAAGGCUUCGUUGAAAGUGCGCGACAGAUUGAGGACGAAGAUGGAGAGGAACAUACUGGUGGACGUCGAGCAUCCGUUCAUCGUGAAGCUGCAUUACGCUUUCCAAACCACGGGGAAACUGUACCUGAUAUUGGAUUUCCUGCGGGGCGGCGAUCUGUUCUCCAGGUUAAGCAAAGAAGUGAUGUUCACCGAGGAAGACGUGAAAUUCUAUUUGGCCGAGCUGGCUUUGGCCCUGAACCAUCUGCAUUCCAUCGGUAUUAUUUAUAGAGACUUGAAGCCGGAGAAUGUGCUGCUGGACUCCGACGGGCAUAUAGCUUUAACCGAUUUCGGACUAUCGAAAGUACCUCUGCAAGAGGACAAGGCCUACAGCUUUUGCGGAACUGUAGAAUAUAUGGCGCCGGAGGUGGUGAAUCGGAAGGGUCACACGUUCGCCGCGGAUUGGUGGUCCUUCGGGGUGUUAAUGUUCGAAAUGUUAACGGGAGGUUUGCCUUUCCAAGGAGCCAAUCGACGCGACACCAUGACUCAGAUUCUGAAAGCGAAGCUGGGGAUGCCUUCGAAUUUGAGCUCGGAAGCGCAGAGUCUGCUCCGCGCUCUCUUCAAGAGGAAUCCGGCGAAUCGGCUGGGAAGCGGUCCGACCGGCGUGGAGGAUCUUAAGAGGCACGAGUUCUUCGCCACCAUCGACUGGGACGCUUUGCUACUGAAGAAAAUAAGGCCACCGUUCAAACCGGCUGUAUCUGGGCCAGACGAUGCUUUCUACUUUGAUUCGGAAUUCACGUGUAAAACGCCUAGAGAUUCGCCCGGCGUUCCUGCCAGCGCCAACGCACACGAAUUAUUCCGAGGGUUCAGCUUCAUCGCGCCUUGCCUGCUGGACAGCGCUACGGCUCAGAAGCGGAUCGAAGCCCCGCAGAAGACUAUUCCCUCGAGUCCUGGCAACUUCCACGAGGAAUUCGAAGUGCUGGAUCCAUUGGGUUACGGAAAUUACGGGGUGUGCAACGUGGCCAAACAUCGUGCCACCGGACAACAAUUCGCUGUCAAGAAAGUCAGCAAGUUGUGCGAUUGCAGCGAGGAGAUUCAGAUUCUGCUGCGAUACGGACAGCACAAUAACAUCGUCAGUUUGAAGGGCGUCUACGAGGAUGAUCGCUACGUGUACCUGGUGCAGCAGCUUCUGCGGGGCGGAGAUCUGCUGGAUUACCUGUACUCAAAGGUACAACUAAUUUACACUUUAACUCAGUGGUUUCCAAACUUGAUGUUACUACGCCUCCCUCAAAAGUAUGUAAUCAUUUGGCGCCUCC